AUGUGGGGGCGCCCCUUGGCCCCUCUGCUCCUUCAGCUUGUGGAGCUUCAGACAGCUAAGCAUGGGAAUGGGUGGAGGGGGGAAACACAUGCAAGGUGUCACCGUACACGUUCUUCUGUUCUUUUCUCCCUUUGCAACGUUCCCGAUUUUCUUUUUACAGUAACUGUGACGGUCGGAGGCAAACAACACUUGCUUGGGCUUUACGACACAGCUGGGCAGGAGGACUACAAUCAGCUACGACCUCUCUCCUACCUCAACACGGACGUGUUCUUGAUCUGUUUCUCUGUCGUGAACCCCGCCUCGUACCACAACGUCCAGGAAGAAUGGGUGCCGGAACUGAAAGUCUGCAUGCCCCACGUGCCUUAUGUCUUGAUAGGAACGCAGAUCGAUCUGCGAGAUGAUCCCAAAACCUUGACCCGGUUGCUCUACAUGAAGGAGAAACCCCUGACUUAUGAACAUGGCAUCAAACUCGCCAAAGAGAUUGGGGCCCAGUGCUACUUGGAGUGUUCGGCUUUGACGCAGAAGGGCCUGAAGGCCGUCUUCGAUGAAGCGAUCCUCACCAUCUUCAACCCCAAGAAAAAGAAGCCGCGUUGUGCCGAAUGCUGCAGUCCCUGCGCAGUCCUAUGACGCCGCCUGGGAAUCAAAACCCCGCCACGAUCGCAUCCGACCAAACCAUUCCCAGGGCCAAGAGGAACAUGACCAGAAAUUGGCCGCUCGUCUUGGAGGCCUCUCCCAGUCUGCGAUUCCUCAGUCCUGCAACCUCUUGAGUCUGCUCACAUCUAUUUGCUUUUCUAACCACUGCCGAGCUGUAUUUACAAGGCGGCCAGGUCGGGCUAACCUGGUCGUUUUCCCUGUGCAAGUCAGUCGAUGGAGGAAAUGCUUCUGUUUCUGUUGCCAAGACGCGCCUGAGGCAGCAUGCAAUGGAAGAAAAAUAAUCCAAAGAUCCUGUGACAUAACCAAGCGAAACUGGGUUCCGUAUUUGUGGCCUUUGGGGGAAAAAGGAAUCUAUCCGCACCAGCUAAAGCAUGCAAUAAGUACUGAAUGUGAAUGCGACUAAUUUUCUUUUUUACAGUGGAGCUGACAGUGUUAAAAUUCAGGUGAAAUGUAGGGGAAUUGUUUGAAUUCAGAUGAUCUCCAUUUCCCACUGAUUUGUUUAACGGAGAAUCGAAUAGCCUGUCCGACAAAUUGCCUUCCUUUUGAACAGUCGCCGUAAUCCCGGCAGAAGCCGUAUUCAAAUUGAUGCUGAGACUGGUGGGAUCUUCGCCUCACUGAGCCAAAUGCCAAAUAACCCGGUUCUGUAAAAUUAUCUGGAACGCAGGAUGGGUUCCAGGUUUUGGGGAGGGGGGUUUGGGCAGAAAGGACCCCUCUGCUCUCUACCAGCCCCUUCUUCUUGCCGAACCACCUGUGCAUCUCCAUGCGGCUGUGUGUCCUUUCUCUGCCCGUUCAAAAGCUCUCCAAUCACCUAUGGCCGUGGUGGCGAGCCUAUGGCACUCCAGAUGUUCAUGGACUACAAUUCCCUACAUGCUAAGGGGCGGGGACUUAGCAUGGCUCCCAACCCUAAAGUGAGGCUGCCCCGUGCUAACUCCCCCGAAACGGACUUUUUGAGAAUCUGGGAUUCUUUGGUUUGAAUGCAGGUUGCCGCUGCUCUCAAGCGAACGGCUGCUUGGGCAGCGCUUUACUCAGCUGUGCUUCCCAUUUUUUUACAGUCCCCGCCUCUCUGCUGCUUAGCCACGCAGGGGCACGGGGACAUCAGCAUGGCUGUAGAGGUCCAUGCCUGCCUGCCCGCGUAGCUAAGCAGCAGAGGGAGGUGAGCAGCAAAAAAAGAGAGAGAGCCUCCGUGCAAAGGCGGGAUGGCAACCCGCAUUGCUUCCACAGGAUCCAUUCGCUGCCUGCACGGAGGCAGGCAAGCACAAAAACAGGAGAGCAGAUUACCUUAGAAUAUAAGAACAUAAGAACUAGCCUGCUGGAUCAGACCAGAGUCCAUCUAGUCCAGCACUCUGCUACUCGUAAUGGCCCACCAGGUGCCUUUGGGAGCUCACGUGCAGGAUGUGAAAGC